AUGCGCAGGUUUAUGAUCUUCUUUGCUUUGCACUUGUCAUGUCUAUCCAUGUUCCGUGCUAUAGCUUCCAUCUUUCGCGAUUUUGUUGUUGCCACAACCAUUCGAACCAUCUCUAUAAUGCUUCUCUCAUUAUUCGGAGGUUUCAUUGUUCGAAAACCCUCCAUGCCUGCUUGCCUUGAGUGGGGAUUCUGGUUUUCUCCAUUGUCAUAUGCUGAGAUUGGUCUAACCGCAAAUGAAUUUUUCGCUCCACGGUGGAGGAAGGUAACGAACUCUUCAAUGAAUUUCAACAUUUUCAAGAACUCUGGGGAACAAGUACUAGAUGUUUGCGGAUUGAACUUUGGUAGUCAAUCUUACUGGACUGCAUUUGGUGCUUUAAUUGGAUUCGCACUCUUCUUCAAUACUGUUUUUUGCACUGGCCUUGACAUUUCUAUAGAGUCUCGCUCGAUUGUUUCUCGUGAGAAGAACAAAAAAAUUUCAGAAGAACAAUCGAGUUUUAAACUUUCUUCCCAACUCAAAAAGGCAUUGCCUUUCAAGCCCCUAACUUUCACAUUUCAAGACGUUCAAUAUUUCAUCGAGACCCCUCAGGGGAAGAAGCUGCAGCUUCUCUCUGGCAUUACAGGCGCAUUCAAGCCCGAUGUUCUUACUGCUCUUAUGGGUGUGAGUAGAGCUGAGAAAACGACUCUGCUUGAUGUUCUUUCUGGAAGGAAAACCCGCGAGUCCUUGAAAUACUCUGCUUUGCUUGGAUUCCCUUCUAACAUCAAUUCAGAAACGAAGCACACAAUAGUCGAGGAAGUUCUUGAGAUGAUAGAGCUCGAGGAGAUGAAAGAUUCCAUUGUAGGAAUUCCUGGAGUGAACGGUUUAACAACAGAACAACAUGCAAGAGCUGCUGCAAUUGUAAUGAGAGAUGUCAAGAACAUGGCAGAGACUGGCAGAACCGUCGUUUGCACUAUUCACCAGCCUGGCAUAGAUAUCUUCGAAGCAUUUGAUGAGCUAAUUUUGAUUGAAAAUGGAGGAAAUAUUAUCUAUUAUGGACCUCUUGGACAACAUUCAAGCAAAGUUAUUGAAUACUUUAUGCAUGUCUCUGGAAACAACAUCUCUCUUAUUGGAGAAACCGUUCCUAUAAUCUCACUCGCAUCAUCUUCAUGUGUCUUACUUCUAUGCUCUGUGGCCUUCUCUUCUGGGAGAAAGCUAAGGAAAUCGUAUCAAACUGGCACACUACGGGCGUUUAAAGAAUUAAAUCUCUUUGCUGGUUAUGUCAUGCCAAAACCUAACAUUCCGAGAUGGUGGAUUUGGAUGUAUUACUUGAGUCCGACGUCAAGGAUUUUGAAUGGAUUGCUCACGUCGCAAUAUGGAGAUAUGGAGAAAGAGAUUUCUGCAUUUGGUGAGAAGAAGAAGAAGAAAGUUUCAGCUUUUUUGGAAGAUUACUUUGGUUAUAGAUAUGAUUCUUUGACUGUUGUAGCUCUUGUUCUCAUUGCUUUCUCUAUUCUCUUGGCAUCUUUUUUCGAUUUCUUCAUUGGUAAACUCAAUUUCCAGAAGAAGUGA